UGGAAACACAAACAGUGUAUUUUAAUCUCGCGCCAAAUUUUGAAAAAUUCAUUCGUCUCUUCGAUCAGCAACGCCACGUCUUUUGUGCAAGAAAACUCCUAUUUUUAUCACUUAUUUUUCCAUUAAAAUGGCUUGUGUAACUGUACCUGGUCUCCUACAUCAUGUAUCGCAAUGUAAAGGACAGAUACAGGUUUGCUGAUGCAAUAUUUAUACAGAAGUGGUCAAAAUAUAAUCGUGAAAUUCCGCGCCAUUUUAUUGUAUACUUGUACAUUUCAUUCAUUCAUGUUUAUCAAUUUUCUGUUCAUAUGUUUUUCUAGGUUAUAUUUGGUCCUAUGUUUUCAGGCAAAACGUAAGUAUUGUACAAUUUCAAAGUUCACAAACAGUCGUAAUAUAGAUUUGUUUUAAUAUAUGCAACAUGCCAAUAUCAAGCCCUCGAUCAAGCUGAUCGAAUCCGUCAUAUGAAUGUAUUUGUUAUUGUGUUAUCAAUUUAAGUCAAAGCCAAGGAAACAGAUCAAUUUAAGUGGCAAAUAUAAAAGGUCUAAGCAAAAGUCCCAAAUAUAAGAAAAACAAGAUUAAAAAAACACAUCAAAUAUUUAUUUAAUGAAGCACUGUAUAAAAUAUACUGACAUAGGUCCAGUGCCCACUGAUCUCAACAAAUCUUUUCCCACAUAUUAUAGUACUGAGCUGGUUAGGCGAGUGAAAAGAUAUCAAAUUGCAAAUCAUUCCUGUUUGUUAAUAAAAUACGACAAAGACGUUCGUUACGAUGAAGACAGAGUGUCGACGCAUGAUCAGUAAGUUCGUUAUGGUGAAUUAACGAGGUAUUGGUCACACAGUGUUCAGCGGGUGUAUCUUUCAUCUCUGUGAUGGUGAACAAGGUCCUAAAUUAUGCAGUUGUCAGAGUAGAAUUGUUCCUCAGUCACACAUAAGAAGAGUGCUUCUGUUUUCACUCAAAACCUGCAGUAAUUUCAUUACAGCCCUCGAAAACCGUCAAAAUCGAGGUUGGCAAAAAAAUGCUGACCUAAAUCUGACCUAGGUUGGCACAUCUCGGCAUUUUUUUAAAAUCUGUUUCCAUGUCUUGGAGCACUAGUAAUCACGUAUUUGCGAAUCAUUGAAAUCGGAAUAUAAAGCAUGCCUUUUUCCAUGGAAACGCAAACUACAGUAACACGACAGCUUUUCUUUUGGAGUCUUACCUAAAUUAUAUAUAUAUAUAUAUAGAAUACCUGUCAAUUUUUAAACUUUGACUUUUCAACAGCAAUCAGCACAAAAAAUUCUUACUUUGGCUGAAUUAAGCAAAAACGUGCCGACCUGGGAGGUUGAUAGGUCAGCAUUUAGGUUGGCAUUGCCGAAUGCCGACCUUGUUUUACUGGGCUGCAUUACUGAUAAUGAACAACCCUUUUGUCUAGGGAGAACAGUUUAAUUCAUAGGGAGAACAGUCUAAAUCUGAUAGAGAUAAUAAAUAAUUAUUUAUUAUAUCACUCCAUUUCCAGGCAAAGAAUGGCAGCUGUGCCAUGUCAUAAACUGUCAAAUAUCAAAAAGCAAGCUAUGAAUUAUAAUAUAAUUGGAAUUGAUGAAGGACAAUUUGUAAGUUUUGUGCUGGGUUUAAUAAAUACGAGUAUUACAUAUACGUGUAAGUAUGAAAAUGUAUUACUGUUUUGCCAUAGUUUUCAGAUAUUGUUGAAUUCUGUGAAGAACUGGCAAACAAAGGAAAAACUGUAAUUGUUGCCGCACUUGAUGGUACAUUUCAACGACAGGUGGGUCAUAACCUUUGUGUAUGUCUCUGUGACCAGGGUUUGUUGCAUCCAGGGAUAAAAGUGCGUCCAGUUGAUCCAGGUGCGUCCAAAGAUCACAGGUUUUCUCCGAGUACUCCAGUUUCCUCCUGUAGUAAGACUGGAUCAAUAAGAGAUGAUCCUUACUGGACCUCUGCAGAGAACAGUUUAGACCUGAUAGAGCUAUCCAGUAUAAAUAAAGUUAGUUUAGUUUAGGUUUCCUCCUGUAGUAACACUGGAUCAAUAAGAGAUGAUCCUUACUGGACCUCUAGGAAGAACAGUUUAGAACUGGUAGAGCUAUCCAGUAUAAAUAAAGUUAGUUUAGUUUAGGUUUCUUCCUGUAGUAACACUGGAUCAACAAGAGAUGAUCCUUACUGGACCUCUGCGGAGAACAGUUUGGACCUGAUAGAGUUAUCCAGUUUAAAUAAAAUUGAAUAGAAAAUAUUAACUGGAUUGUUAUUCAAUAUUUUCUUUAGGCAUUUGGCCAUGUGCUGUCACUUAUUCCUCUGGCAGAAAAUGUUGUCAAACUUAACGCUGUGUGUAUGAACUGCUUCAAAGAUGCGGCAUUUACAAUGAGACUGGGAAGUGAAACUAAGGUAGCGAAUCAUUCUUUCUAAACCACCCUUUUGAAAUAAAAUCACUAUAGUUUAGGUGAUGCAGUUGACAUAAAUAUCCUGAAAAAUAUCACAAUAACUUUGGUACAAUGUUUUAGUUAGUAUAAAAGAUUAAUUAUGAUUAGGAUUUAGUUAGUAUAAGAUUAGGAUAUAAAGAGUUUGGCUAGAAAUCACCAAAAUCUUUCAGAAUAUACCACUGGUCAAACUUGAUUUAUUUUCUUCUGUUUUACCAGGUUGAAAUUAUUGGAGGUGCAGAGCGUUACUGGUCUGUGUGCAGAGAAUGUUUUAAUUUACCAAACAAUGAUGAGAUAGUGAAACGAAUUCACGAUGCUCCAGUUUUAACUGCUAAUGGUGUUCUGAGCUCAUACAGAUAACACACCAGCACUAUGGUGUAUUUUAACUCUGUAACAUAGUUCUUGUAACAUAGUUCUUGUGCCUGUGUAAAGCUGUGUUAAAGCUGCUUGUGUUAAAAGCUGCUUUGUCAGUGUGGGCCAAAAAAAGCGAGUCGCAUUGGUAGAGAAUCAUUAGUAUGACCAAGUUCUUACUCUGCCUGAACAGCCUUUAACCAGUUGAUUAGUUUCUCACCUUAUGAGUUUGAAUAUGUAAUUAAAAAUUUUAAUAUUUAUCCUAGGGAAGCUUGUAAUUAUUUUAUAUUAAAUUGUAAUAAAACUAUUUUCUGAUAGAAUGAUUUAUUUAAAUUCACAACUGGGAAAAGCACCUUGACCUGACUUUGUUUUUUAAUUGCUGCGUUGUUUUUAGGGCAAUUUUGAGGGUUGUUCCUACAACGCACUAAGCAUGGUUCUCAUGACCUAUAUACUGUGAUCACAGUAGGAAUUUUGCAUGGGUAAAUUUUAAAUUGUGAUGUAUUUUUCGCAGAAAGAAAAUUUUGUAAAAUGUGACUGGCCAGGCACAAAUUUUCCGUCGGAAAAAUUUUUGAAAAUUUUCAACUUUAACCAUGAUAUUUUCGGAAAAUUUUCUGUCCGUGGCAAUGGGCCUUAAACAUUAAGUCAGUUCCCUAUUUCUUACAAAUCUUUCAAAACUUGAACUAGUAUGUAAAAUUCCUACUGUGAUCACAGAGAAACUUGGAUAGAGUGAAAUGCCAACAAAAUCUGACUACUCUCUUGUCGCCAAGGUUUUCGUUACAAGCAUAGCCGGGCGCGCACAGAUGACUCGAUGUUUACCUCAUCCGCACAAAAUUCCCGUUACGACGUGAGUUUAUUCAUGAAACUAUUCAAAUCAUACUCCUGUUCGUACUGGUCUUCUUCCCACAAGUCGCCCAAGUUCUCUAAAACGUCUGACAUCGAUGCUUUAUUUGCCGCAGGUUUCUUAGCUGUCGUCUUGUCUUUUUUAUUCUCGACUGUGAAUAAGUCUAGCACCUGUGACGUGUCCAUCGAGGCGAAGCUCGAGUUCUCUUGUGUGAUCACUGUAUUGGCGAUAUUUAGUUUGAAUUUCUGUAGCC